AUGGAGACCUACCACGGACACGUUCGCACACCAAACGAUGCCAUCAUCCUGUUUGAGGCCUGCCGCAUCGGCAUACUACCACGGGUACAGCGCCGUCUGUCCGAGAAGGAGCGCCAGCAGAUCAAGUCGGGCUCAGUAUUUGUAUGGGACGAGCGCGAGGCCGGCAUGAGGCGGUGGACCGACGGAAAAUCAUGGAGUGCCAGUCGCGUGUCGGGCAGCUUCCUCACGUACCGAGAGAUGGAGGGCAAGCGGGGAGGUAGCGCAGUUCCCACAGCCCCAGUAGCGAAGAGGGCGAGCGGAAAGUCGCCAGACGGCACAGGCUCAGGUGAAUCGGACGGCGAGGGACCAGACGGCUACCGGUACAAGCCGGAUGGUCUCAUGAAGCAGUCCUUCAGCAUCACCACCCAGAGCGGACAGCACCUCCACCUCAUCAGCUACUACUCGCGAUCGAAUUCCAACAACCUCCCACAACCGACCAACGAUGCGCAACUGCGGCACAUCCGCCCGCCAAAGAACAUGUACCCGGAGUCGGCGGUGAACGAGACCCAGACUGUGCCUGCCGUCACUCGCGGGCCCAUGCCUGGCUCGCCAUACAACGCACCCGGACACAGCAUGGCACCUUCCUCGCCGUAUACCCGUGGUGGCCCUGUCGCACCCAUGUACGCGAUACCAAUGUAUCCUCCCACACCACCCAACGGUACACCUCCCAUGUACUACUCGCACCAGCCUUACUUCUACCCCGGCGUCGUCUACGCGCAGCCUCCAUACCACCCACAACACGUCUUCGACCGCCCACCAAUGGCCCACCCUCACGCUCCUCAAGGCCACCAUCCCAUGCUGAUGCAACACCCCGCUUACGCAGCGCACGCCGCACACGCCGCUCAACAAUACAUGGCGACACCGCCUCUCCGCACUCCGUCGACAGCCGAGCAAGCUCAACAGCAGCACCUUCAGCGUGCCACUGAACUUGCGCGUCCGAAAGUAUCAGCCCCCGAGCAAGGUCCGCAACUGCCUGCCAUCAACGGUGCGGCCGCCUCAGCAGGUGCGAACAAGCCACCGACACCAGAGCCCUCCGACAAGUCCGAGUCCCGGGCACCCGAGUCAAAUAGCACCGCCGCAGCCGCAGCAUCAAGACCGCUUCCUACACUGGGGUCGCUACUCAACGGCGAGAACCAAGAUAAGGACAACCAGAACAACAGCCGUUCUGGUAGCCGCAGUCCUAACACCGCAACGAGGUUCCCCCGAGACUUGGCACCGGAGAGACUCGCUAAGAACAGCACCGCUGCCGAUAGCAGCGCGUUGAACAAGCUCAACAGCGUGUUUGUGCGAUCAUAG